AUGAAUCUACACCACGUUCUCUUCCUGACGGUGACCAUUCUAUUUGCCAGUGCACAUGCUCUCUUGGCGACUGAUGAAGCUAAGAGCUUAAGUUUGGGCCAUCCUAUGGUUGCGAACACCAACGAGGCCAGAUCGUUACGAGUCGCAAAGGAACUCGGUGAGAAUAAGGAGGAAAGGGGCAAUCCUACUUCGGCACUAACGUCCAAGAUCUCAUCGAUGAUCCCCAUCGACCUGAAACUAGCCGCGUGGCAGGCGCUGGGCAAGCCAAAGGCGUAUGUCAAAACAAAAUUAGGUUUGGACGGGCUCGAGGAAGCUCAACUAAAAGCCCACAAAAACUACGGACGUUUCGUGAAAUAUGUGGAGAAAGCUUUAGAGAAUGAUAUUUGGAACAAGGCCAUAGGAGGGUAUUCUACGUACAAGUUUUGGAAAGACAUGGGGUUUGAUACAAUCACUACUCUGAAACAGCUCAAAGCGAUCCAACAAACCGAGAAAUUCAAGCUCUACAAGCGCUACGCUAUUAAAUUUGAUGAUCUCGUCGUUAACAGAUUUAAAUCUGGUUAUACCCAGCCCGAUUGGGUUUUUGACAGCAAAACUACAGCAGCGGAAAAGUACGCGAGAGCAGAGAUUUGGGCGGAAAUGGGGAGGAAAGACAUCGAUGUGAAAGAGUUCUUGGGGUUGAGGUGGGCGAAUGCAGAAAAACUUCGCAUGAAUUCGUUUUACAAACACUAUGUGCAAGCAAAAGGCAAAACGGCCUGA